UACAAUACUGAAAAACGCGACGGCCCAGAAUAGAAUUGUGGAGUGAGAGAUGGCGAGAGCAGAAGCAGUGAACGCGUACAGAUCGCUUCUGAGAGCGACCCGGAAAUCGUUCGCCGGAGAUACGGUGAUGCUCAAGGGCUCGGCAGCGGAGGUCCGACAGAAAUUCGAAGAGAAUAGGGGCGUGACGUCGGAGGCGGAGAUCCAAAGACUCCUCGGCGAGGCACGCGAGGCCUCCUCCUUCAUCUCCACCAUGAUCGUCCAGGCCAAGCUCAACUCCCGCGGCGGCUACGAAGUGAAGCCGGAAAAGGUGCAUGCCGGAGCUACGCUUGAGAUUCCUUCCGAGGCAAUCCUUAACAAAUCUUAAUGCAACAGGAACAACUGAGAAACAAGUUUCAAUGUGUUUUCCAACUGCCCAAGUUCUGUUUUGUCCAAUUAUUGUUGAUUGUUAGUUUGAUAACUAAAUGGAAUGGUAUGGAGUACCAUGAUCUUGAUGAUUUGCCUAUCUUCACCAUUGUGCUAUUGAUAAAUGGAAUGAUCUUGAACUUUUGGUAGUCUGCAACUCUGCCAUUAGUUCGAUUCGACUAAGUUUGUAUUCUAGUUUUGCAAGAAAGAAUCAUAUUGUUGAACGCCUCCUACAGAAUUUCCAACUUUAGGGAUUUGGGACUCUGUUGUAUCAGUUAUACCUGAUAUUUACGUUUGGUGAGUUGGAAAUAAAAUCUUACACUCUGUAGCA